AUGACUGCUGUGGCUCCAUUGGAGAUUAGUACUUUUUCUGACUUGGUGAACAAGGCUAGAGUAGUGGAAGAGUAUGCCAAGACCAUGGCGGCAACCAAGGACACUCAUGGAGGGAGCUCUAGUCGUGGGCAUGGCAAGUAUUUUCAUCCGAGAGGACAAAGCUUCAAGAGAGGAGGAUAUGUGCCUCAAGGCCAUAGAGGCUUCAGAAAGAACAAUCAGAAUCAGUUUCAGUAUGCUAAGGGAAGAGGAAAUCAGAGUAAGAGUUCUCCGGAUUUAACUUGUAAUUGUUGUGGACAUUUCCAUCCUUAUGACUCAUGCAAAAUUGGUUUAGGUGGUUGUUUCAAGUGUGGGUUGGCUGGCCACAUUGCGAGGGAUUGCCCUCGUGGGAGAAAUCAGAAUACGGGCCAAAUUGCAUUAUAUGAUACUGGGGCUUUGCAUUCGUUUAUCUCAUUUACUAAAGUUAAGGAAUUAGGCUUGAAAGUGUUAGAGUUACCUUUUGAUCUGCAUGUACAUACUCUGCAUCAAACAAUUAUGACUAGGUCAGGUUGUAGACAAGUAGGUUUCAAGCUUAAGGGUAGAGGCUUUGUGCACGAUUUGAUCUGUUUACCAAUGGUGGGGCUAAAAAUGAUUUUGGGGUUUGAUUGGUUGUCGAAGAAUCGGAUUUUGUUGGAUUGCUUUGAAUGGACUAUUCGAUUUAUGCUGGAAGGAGAGAAUGGAGCAAUGGUAGCUACGGGGUAUUACCUGAACUCUGUAAUGGUGCAUUGUAGUAGGGAGGAGUGCCAGGGUUAUAUUCUGUUGGCUACUAAUACGUUGGGUGAUGCCCAGAACUUAGAUAAGAUUUCAAUGGUUAGAGAUUUUCUAGAAGUGUUCCCAGAAGAUAUCCCUGAGUUCCCACCUCAAAGGGAAAUUGAAUUUGUGAUUGAAUUGGUGCCGGGAGCCGGACUAGUGUCGAUUGCGCCGUAUAGAAUGGCUCCGAUAGAGCUGGCAGAAUUAAAGACUCAGUUGGAAGAGCUUCUGAAUAAGAGGUUCAUUCGACCGAGUGUAUCCCCGUGGGGAGCGCCAGUUUUACUAGUAAAGAAGAAAGAUGGAGGAAUGCGUUUCGGCGUGGAUUACCGAUAG